AUGCUCACCUUUCUUCUUCUUCUGUCUUUAACUGCUGUCUGCCUACAAGGAAAUAUUAUUCCUGAUCAAAGCGUUCGAUCAGCAGCAGUAACAAAAAAAAUAACUGCAUGUCAAAGUUGGUAUAAUGCUGAACCACAUCCAUCAAUAUUUUUGGAACAAACACGAAAAUGUCCAUGUCGUGUACCACCAAACUUUCCAAGCGAUUUUAAUGACGGUUCGAAAUCAUGGAAAACAGAUUCAGGUUGUGCAGCAAGUAGUCAACCAAAUACAUGCAGUUAUCACAAAGGUGCAUAUGGAUGUUAUCGCUUUGGAUAUAAAAGUACGGGACCUGGUGCUCAAUGUUGUUAUGACAAAGCAGGUAAUUGGAUGAAUGAUCCACAUAAAGGUGCUGGUACAUUGGAUCGUGAACGAGCACCUGAUAAUUUUUUCAAUUUAUUGCAAUGGAAUGCACACAACAAACAUGAUGUAAUACCAUGGGAAAAUUGUUGUAAAGAUGAAGCCGUACCAAGAGAUAUUUGUCAACUCUACUAUGAAAAACGACCACCAGGUGAAUGUGAAGAUUAUAAAUUUUGA